AUGUCGCGCUGCAGUGUGCCGUGCUCCAUCUUGACUAACGGGACUUUAUCAGCACUGCAGUGUAGUUCUUCGAAUUCCGCGUACGGUUGCUCAGCGAUAUGUCCGAACACCGAUCUCGCAGGUCUUGGCGUGAGGGCCGCAUUCUACGGCCAAAGCGUCCUAAAUACUCUGCUCGUCGUGUUCUCUCCACGAGAUGCGGUCGCAAGUGCAUGGGCUAGCACCUUGUUGACGGGUGGGCUUGUUAUAGCAGCUAUUGUACAAAAAAUUAAUACAAAUAUCACUCUGCACCAUGCACUGUUGACACUGAACUUCGCGACUAUAUCAUGCAUAAGCUCUCUCGCUGUGGCUCCUCUGUUGCCGAUCUGGUGCUUGAGGCCCAGUGAUUACUAUGCCCGCGAACUCGCACGGAACGCGAUUUCUGGCCCAAACACACUUCACGGCGACGCCGACGGGAACGUGCUCGUGAGCGAAGUCUACGUUAACACACACAAGAAGAAGAUCAAGGCUGAGCAGAACAAGGAGCGCCUUAUCCUUUCGCUUGCUCUACUCACUCAGGUCGUUCUCCAGUGGGCGUGGGGCAUCAUCCUCUUCGUCUCUCCCGCCUACAACCAAACAUGCAUCAAUGCAAACACAAUAUUAGUCUUCUUUCUCAAGCCUAUCACCGCAAAGGAGAUAAACGACACGACGUUCGUCAUCUGGCCGCUGUGGCUGAUCUUCUCCCUCGGCAUCACGAUGAUCCUGACGAUCGUCCUCGCCAUCUCCGGCCACAGCCGCGCGCAUAUCUACUCGUCUCGUCGCAUAUUCAGAUAUUCUGUGUAG